AUGCCGCCCAAGCCCGUGCUGAGGAUCUCCCGAACUCAGAUCCCGCUAGUGCCGGCCUACGCCAUCACUGUUCACGGGAGUCAGGGUAAGACCUUGCCGGCGGCCAUGGCCGACUUCAACGUGGACAGGUGGACGGACAUCACCUUCGGAACCGUGGCCGGCAGCCGCGUGAGGAGCCGUGAAGAUAUCCACAUUUUGCGGCCGUUCCCGCUCUGGCUCUUCCAGCGGGGUGCGCCAGAGGGGCCAGAGUUGCUGCUGAAGACUCUCCGAGGUGAAAAGAUUGAUUGGGUCAACUACCGCGAGGCCCGCGCGCCCAGCGCGCCGUGCCAACAAUGCAAAGAGGUUAAGCCUUUCGACUACUUCGCGGACGCCCAGUGGGACAAAGCCAGAGCCAACCUGCCUGCCACUUGUCUGACUUGCAUUCAUAAGGAUGGAGGCGCCAAGGCGCCUGCAAGCCGCAAACUGCCUUCCAAUGUUGAGCGGCUGCGCUGCAUUUGCUGCGGCUUCGAGAAAGUGGAGCACGCGUUUCCCCGAGCUCAACUUCGGCAGCCUCGUGCAGAAGUAAGGCGAAAUUGCAUCGCGUGUUUGAAGAACGUCUCGGAGUUGACUUGCUCGCAAUGCGCAGAGGUGAAGCCGCUGAAGGAGUUCCACCUAUCUGCGUUUGACGCGGCCGUGGACGCCGCUGUCAAAGUUGCCAGACGCGUGGCGCGGCAAGGCUCCUCGGACUCCGGGCCGGAUGGGAGAAAUUUUGGAGGCUGCGCGGCUUUUCUGCCCACGUCUUCUGCCGUCUACAUCAACCAACGCUGCCCCAACUGCGCGGCAGAUCGCAAACGGGGCGAACGUACUUGUCUCAGAUGCAAGAGGAAAUGGAGCGAGAAUUCGGCGGAAGAACAGAUCCGCAAACGAUUCUGCCCGAAUUGCCGCUAG